GAAAACAAACAAAUAAAAUAUUGGAAGUUUUGUUUUUGAGUAUCUCGAGUUAUUAGGAAAAUGAAUGAGGUGGUGUUUGGUUUUUGUUAGUUUUUGCAAUUGCUGUGAUGCGAAUGAAGGGCAAUUACAGGGAAACAGCUGGCAGCAGUAGCAAUAAUAGUUGGAAAUCAAUUUUUAUAGCUUCAGUUGCUUUUGAUUCUUAGGAUGAUUAAGUUAAAGUCUCUCUGUUGGCUGCUGCUGCUGCUGCCGGCUUUAUUAAUGAUUUCGGUUCGGGCAACUGGCAUUCCUGAGCAAACAGUUAUAAACCAUGAAGUGGACCCGGAUCCGGGUCGCGUGAACUACAUUUGGAAUCCGUUUCCGGUCCUUUGCGGCCAGAAUGCCAGCAUGGUGAGGUGUGCUGGGGUUUGUCCCGAAACCUGUGCCUUUAAGUCACUAAAGUGCCCAACAUAUUGCGGAGUGAAUUGCAAAUGUAAGCCGGAAUAUGUGUUUAACGAAAAACAAGAGCUCUGCAUUUUAAAAACUGAUUGUCCUCAAGAUGUAACACAAGAAGUUGUGGAAACUCAUCGUGUAUUUCAGUAGAAGCCAGAAUAUUGGAUUAAAAUGUUAUUAGUUUACUUAAAUAAAGUCUUAAUUUGAACAUUUC